GUGCAGGUGAGGGGCAAUGCGCAGGGCCCACUCGUCCAUCAUGAAAGGCUCCCGGGCCGUCAGCGGCCCCUCUGGCCCCCCCGAGUGCAUGGACCUGAGUCUGACCGGCCUCCCUCCGCCCCUGUUCCGGCGCCCCAACAGUGCCUCCGCCGCGAAGCCCAUCGCCCGCUCCGUCUCCGUGGUGGCGGGCAGUGAGCCGAGGAGAAAGGCGCUGGAGGCCGCGGGGCCCGGGGGCUCCCGGGCCAUCAACAACCUUCGAAGGUCCAACAGCACCACACAGGUCCACCAGCCGCAGGCCAGCCCGGCGUGGACCGAUCCCCUCAGACCAGCAGAGUCCCCCGACUUCCUGCCGCUCUUCGAGAGCAGCCCGGGCGGGAGAAGGCGGCCGGCCAGUCUGAGCAGAGCCUGCAGCGAGAAGGGAGCCUCGUGGAGCGUCCUGGAUGGCCAGCCCGGGGCCUUCACCUUGCCGCCCAGUGCCCAGAGGCCCAGCACCGUCGGCACAGCGGAGGGCCCACGGAGGAGAGAGAGCACCGUACCCCUGGCACCCAGCUUCACCGCCAACAACAGGAGCAACAAGGGAGCUGUGGGCAACUGUGUCACCACCAUGGUGCACAACCGCUACGCCCCCGUGGACACGGCGCCCCCCAAGAGCUCCAACCACACGGCGCCCUCCCUCAACAAUCUCAUCAAGGCAGCCACCGGCGAGGGCGAGGGCAGUGGCCUCGGGAAGACGCAGAAGAACUUGGCCGGCAGCACCCACGUGGCCCAGAACAACUCGGGGGCUGCCGUGGGCCUGCUCAGACGCACGGAGGUGACGGAGGAGGAGGCUGAGAGGUUUAUCCACCAGGUGAACCAGGCCGCCAUCACCAUCCAGCGCUGGUACCGGCACCGGGCACAGCAGCGCCGAGAUGGAGCCGCCAGCCUGAAGUGCCUGCUGGCGUCCAAGCAAGAGGGGCAGCGGCAGAGGCUCAGGGAGGGGAGCCCGCUGGACCUGCACCGGCAGAAGGAGGCGGCCCGGAGGAAGGCCCGGGAGGAGAAGGCGCGCCAGGCCCGACAAGCAGCCAUUCAGGUUUUGGGGCGGCCGAGCCGCACAGGGGCCCAGUGCUGAGGCAGAACCCCUGUUUCCUAGAGCACGACUGCACCCCUGGGGGGCCCUGCCCGCUGCCCUCCCCGGUCCCGGGACACUGGCCUCGGGCAGCUUGGCUUGGGAGGGCGGGGGCCAAGCUGCCUAUGGACGAGGCUGCUCAGAGGGCACGCCCGGCAGGAGCUGCAGCAGAAGCGAGCCCAGAAGUCGGGCGAUGCUGAACUUGGGAUGCUGAAGGGGGCCCGGGAGCCAGGGGAGCCCCGUCCCACCCCGGAGCCACCGCUGAGGCUGGGGGGCACCACUCCCCAGACCUGCAAGGCUAACAACGCAGGGACUGGCUUCCCUACCACAGGCCCAGACGCACCCCGCCAGCCUGCCCCCAGUUCGUCCCCAGAGCCCCGGCAGUUCUCAGAGGACAAGCUACAGGACACCAGCUCUCAGGAUGCAGCUGGUGAGGCUCCAGGGACGGCGGGCCCCGCCGGGAAUAGGGCUAAGUCCAGGGCGACCCUGGAUGAGCUGCUGGACACGCUGAAGCUGCUGGAGGAGGAGCCUGAGCCGCUGCCCCGCCCCAGGGCCUAUCACAAGGACAAAUAUGCCUGGACCGACGAGGAGGACGAUGCCAGCUCCCUGACCGCCGACAACCUGGAGAAAUUUGGGAAGCUCAGUGCGCCCACUGGCCCUGCCGAGGACGGGGCUCUGCUUUCGGAGGCCAAGCUGCAGAGCAUCAUGAGCUUCCUGGACGAGAUGGAGAGAUCAGGGCAGGACCGGCCAGCCUCUGUCCCCCAGGGACUCGCGCCGGAGGAGGGACUGGGGUGCCUGGAGUCUGUGUCCGAGGUGAGCACAUCCGUGAUGCGGCUGAAGCUGGAGGUGGAGGAGAAGAAGCAAGCGAUGGCGCUGCUGCAGAGGGCGCUGGCACAGCAGCGGGACCUCACCGUCCGGCGGGUCAAAGAGACGGAGAAGGAACUGGGUCGGCAGCUGCGGCAACAGAGGGAGCACUACGAGGCCACCAUCCAGCGACACCUGUCCUUCAUUGACCAGCUGAUCGAAGACAAGAAGACCCUGGGCGAGAAGUGCCAGGCCGUGCUGGCUGAGCUGAAGCAGGGGGACCAGAGGCACAAGGAGAGGGAGGCCGAGAUGCAGGACCAGCACCGGCUGGAGAUCAAGAAACUCAAAGAGCUGAUGAGCGCCACCGAAAAGGUCCGCAGGGAGAAGUGGAUCAACGAGAAGACGCGGAGGAUCAAGGAGGUCACCGUCAGAGGCCUAGAGCCCGAGAUCCAGAAGCUGAUCGCCAAGCACAAGCAGGAGGUGAAGAGGCUCAGGACCCUGCACGCGGCCGAGCUGCAGCAGGCGGAGGAGCGGGCGGCCCAGCGCUACGGGCGCCAGGCGGAGGCGCUGCGGGAGCAGCUGCAGCGGGAGAAGGAGGCGCUGGGCCAGCAGGAGCGGGAGCGCGCCCAGCAGCGCUUCGAGCAGCAGCUGGAGCAGGAGCAGCGGGCCCUGCAGCAGCUUCGGCGGCGGCUCCACAGCGAAGUGGCCGAGGAGAAGGAGCGACUGGACCAGCAGGCGGCCUGGGUUCGUGGGAUGGAGCUCUCCAGCCCGCGCCCCACAGACCCAGCGUGGCCGCGGGACGUGUGGGCUCGCCCAGGUGGCAGCAGCCAGCGAGUCUCACGCUGUCGCUGCCCCCAGAUGGAGCUGCAGGCCCUGAAGGACCAGCUGGAAGUGGAGAGGCAGAUGUGGGAGGCCAACCGCGCCAAGAAGGAGGUGGGCAGGGGCGGGCCGGCCGUGCCCCUCCCCUCCCGCCAGCACCCCGGUCUUACGGCAUGGGCUGCACCUCUGGGGCCCCCACAACUCGCUUCUGGGUUCACAGCUGGCUGCUUGGGGCUGGCAGUUCAGUCUGAGCUAUACCGCAUGUUGUUCAUCAUCCACCGGCUGGAGGCCGACAUGACGCUGGCCCGGGAGGAGAGCGAGAGGGCAGCCGAGAGCCGCGUCAAGCGCAUCCGGGACAAGUACGAGGUGGAGCUCUCAGAGCUGGAGCAGUCGGAGCGGAAGCUCCAGGGACGGUGCACGGAGCUGAAGGGGCGGCUGGCGGAGGCGGACGGGGAGCGCGUGCGCCUGCAGGGCCUCCUGCGACACAAGGACAAGGAGCUGGCGGACGUGCAGGCGGUGAACGAGCAGCUGGCGGGGGAGCGAGGCAGCCUGGCCCAGGUGCUCCGGCAGGAGUUCGCCGACCGGCUGGCGGCCUCCCUGGAGCGGCUCACGCGAGAGAAGCAGGCGGAGCUGGAGCAAGUGCACGGCAGGGUGAAGACGGCCUUGGCAAAGAAGGAGGAGGCCGUGAGCAGCCUCCGGAGACAGCACGAGGCCGCGAUGAAGCGGGCUGACCACCUGGAGGAGCUGCUGGAACAGCGCAGGCGGCCAUUCCCCAGCACCAAGUGACUGCCUGCCACCCACGGCGUGGACAGGCCAACGGCAGCAGGGCUUCGGGUCCCGGCAGGAGGUGGACACCGCCCCGGCCUCCCUCCGUCCCUCUGGCCCGUGCUCGGUGUCUGGCGGGCAGAGCACCAUGGCUGCAUUUUAAUAGUAAAGAAAUGUUUCUUAACA